UGCUGCUGUCACUGCCACUCUCACCACAGACAUGGAGGAGGGACAGACAGACAGACAAACAAGGAAGGCCUCCACCUCCAGACUGCAUUAUCUACCAGGGGAGGUUGGAGCAGUUCCUAAUCCCAGCAUGUCAGACCACUCUUAUUCAGACCGGCUGCACCAGGACACCGCAUACCUGAGGAAUAAUAGGAAUUUGACCGAAAGGACCGUGGACAAGCUAGUUCUGCAGCUAAAUCGUGUCUAUCCUCAGGUUCUUUCCAACAAGGAAGCUGAAAAGUUUAGGAGUCUGAAAACCCCUCUGCGCACCCGUCUGUCCGAUCUACUGAAGCAUCUCCAGAGAACAGGGGAGCGAGAAUGCCAAGAGUUCUACAGGGCCCUACAGAACAAUGCAGACAAGGUGUACGCCACACUACCCAGCAGGAGCAACCUGAAUACCUCAGAUCCCUUAGAAAUGAGUCCAGUCCAGGAGAAAAUUAUCCUCAAUGAACAUGGGCCGGUCUUCUUCCUGGCAUGCUUUAGUGUCGCAGCAGGACUGGCAUUUUUAAUGUAUUACAAUAACUCAGAGGUGAAGUCACCCGGCUCAGCCAGAAAAGUAUUUGGAUUUUCAGCCAUUGGAUUUGGCCGACACAUCAGAAAUAUCUUAAUAUCUUUCCUGGAGGACACAGCGUUGAAUUAGUGAAAAGCUUGGACCCCAAGUGACAACGUACUUGAAGCAAUCUGCCGUGCACUAGUCUUCUAUAGACCUUUACCAAAGAUUAAGAAUCUUAUUUGUCCAUUGUCCAAGUAAAGAAAAGGCGAAUAUAUUAAAGGGGUCGUUCACCUUUGUAGGGCUUUUUUACGGGGCCCACAGUGGUUAUACCGGAUCCCUGCUGCUGGGUUCGGCUGCAUUGUUGGCUCUGCAGGUCUCCCCGCAUCAACAUCUGGUUUGACGCCGGUCACAUGAGCCCUGCAGCCGAUGACUGGCCUCAGCAGUCACUAGGACACAUGCCGCAUGGGUGACAUGUCACCGCUGCAGCAGUCACAUGACCAAUGUCAAAUAGGGUGUGGACGUAUACCUGUGGCCUCCAAAGCUGGCGCAAUAGCGACGUUGCCAGAAUUCAGAAGCAGGAAUCGGGUAAGUAUGAUUACGGCCGCAGGUCUGGCCAUGCUGUGGGGUCUGUAGAAAAGCUCUACAAAGGUGAACAAGCCCUUUAAGUGGUCAUGCACACGAGCGUGUGUGCGGCCCGUUCCCAUAUUGCAGCAAACAGCGGGUCCGCAAUUGACUUGAAUGGGUCCGCAUCCACCAGACCAAAGAUGGGACUUCAUCUAUCUUUUGUGGUGCAGAGGCACGGAUUGGAAACCCAUGGAAGCACUACAAAGCGUUUCUGUGGGAUUUUGGUCUGUGCCUCCGCACCACAAAAAAAUAGAACAUGUCCUAUUUUUUUUGUGGUGUGGACUGUCUCUUGCGGAUCGUGGACCCACUCAAGUCAACGGGUCCGCAUAUGCAAACGUGUGAACGAGCCCUAAGGAAGAGUUGUAUUUUGUAUGGAAUUUUCCAAAAAUGUUGCCGUCCAAAGUUUAUUUAUUGAGGACCAAAGACUGUUAUUUAGUAGAUCUUCUCUCCAUACAUGAACCGUUACUGAAGAAAACACCAAAGUGCUUAAAAUGGGUCAAGUUCUUUUAUUUGUAUGUAGUUAGAAGGUUUUUCCUUUAGUUUUAGAAAAUUGUUUUAUGAUUUAUUCUUGUGAAACGGCCGUCAUUUGCCGCUCCUUGUCUGAAAUAUUCUGAGUUAUUCAUGUCUGUCUAUUGCAUGUUUGAUGCUUUACAUCUGUGUUUCAUCUCCUAAGUAUUUUAAUCUCUAUUUUCUUGAGGGUUAUUGUUUUCUUUUGUUACUGCUUUUAGGGCUGCACCAAAUGGACAACGGGCAAUAGGAUAUAGCCCUUAAAGCAGGCAUCCUCAGACUGCGGCCCUCCAGCUGUUGCAAAACUACAACUCCCAGCAUGCCCGAACAGCCUACAGGUAUUGACCUACAGCAGGGCAUUGUGGGAGUUGUAGUUUUACAACAGCUGGAGGGCCGCAGUUUGAGGAUGCCUGCCUUAAAGUGACCACUACCAAUAUUAAAGGGGGUUCUCUGAGUUAUAUAAAAAUUCAAACAUCCACUGUGCAUGUGAUCAAAAUACCAAAAGAAGUGAUGCUUACCCCUUUUCUCCCCACCACUUCAGCGCUGCGCUCCGGUCCUCCCCCACCACUGACGCCAUGUUAUGGGCUGUUACGGCCCAUGCUCACAGGUCACGGUGCAGCCAAUCUCUAAUAUCAGGGGUACACCCGACAUCACUGCUGCAACCAGGAAAACCAUCAGGAGGACCGGAGCGCAGCUCUGGAAGCUGCAGAGGACAAAAGGGGAAAGUAUCAAUUCCUUUGUUACUUUAGCACAUGUGCAGGGGCUGCCCAAGUUUUGAUUUGAAGGGGCCAUCCUAUGAACAAUAUUCUACAUUUUCCAAACCAGCACCUGGAUCUAAAUACUUUUGUAAUUGCAUGUAAUUAAAAAUGUUGUAUAGCCAGUCAGGUUCUUCACUGAAAUCGAUCUGUACAGCACCACCCGCUGUUUGCCCUUUUUUUUUUUUUCUCUGUCCAGCUCACUGACGUUGUUGAUCCCCAUCCCUUCACUGCAGCAGAAAGUGCACGCUCCAUGAGCUGCAGGUUUCAAAUAAAUCUAGCAGAGAAAUUGCAGCAAUGAAUGGGGAGAUCUCUGGAUCUAUGUGAGGCACAGAGAUGGUUCUAAGUUUGUUAUAAAGAGAUUGUCAUGUACUGUAUGAUGUCUGAUUAGCA